AAGGUCAGUCCGUGUUGCGCUCCUGAAGCGCAUCCAUGUUGUUGCCCACCUCUCCACCCCAUGAGUAGACGGCCUUGCACCAGCAUGGGAAUUUUGUGGGUAUCGAUUGACCACCCAUGUUGCGCAAUUACGUCGUUGCGCUGAUAUGUGUGAAGUAUCCAGUCAAGAGAUUGCUUUGUUUACGUUGGACAUCCAGAAACCAGAAACGCGCUGCUCUAAGAUGACGAAUGAACGGUCUUUGCGCGCAGACUGUCAGGAACCAGGAAACGCUUGGAAGUCAAAUGAUUAUCAGAAAAUCUUCAUGCGACCGCUUGUCAGGCCUCGUGUUGUGUGGCCUGUCGCAGACCAAUUAGCUAUAUGUUCCAGGUUUGAUGGUUGUUCAGGGCGUGUUGAUUUGUUUACUCCGAAGCGCCAGCCGUGUGCGACAUCACAACCAACCCUUGAACCAACCUCCCAAGCAUCCCCCCCCCAGCCUGUUGCAACCCGUGCCGCCCUCCCAGCUGCCCCAUCAAAUGUCAAUACUCCAUAAUUCAGCUCAAUCUACUCCGUCAACAACAUGGUCUCUAUUCUCGUGAAC